CACUACCCAGUCGACGCACAUCCCUAAUUUAUUUUCACACGCCAUUUUACAAUAAAAUUUGUAACGAUCUGACGCUAUCCUACUUUCAUUCGGGACAUUUUGUGCGCAGCGAGUAAUUGAAACUCCUGCAAUUCCAUCGAUCGAAAAGAGAGACUGUUCGCAGCAGCGUUUAUUUGUCAUGGAGCGUGGCGGUUAUGGUGGUGGUGCCGGACAGCAGGGAUAUAAUAAUUUCGCUGUCCCCCCACCAAACUACCAACAAAUGCCAAAUAAAACGGGUAACUACAACGAGCCACCUCCGAACUACGGCAAACAAGGCGGCGGUGGUUAUGAUUCCGGUCAUCGUGGUUCUGGUGGCAGCGGCGGCGGCGGUGGAGGUGGCGGCGGCGGAGGCUCUUGGAACGACCGAGGAGGCAAUUCCUACGGAAAUGGAGGCGCCAGCAAGGACAGCUACAACAAAGGACCCGGCGGCUACUCGGGCGGCGGUGGAGGAGGCGGCGGCGGCGGUUCCAGUGGCGGCGACAUGAUCACCCAGGAGGACACAAUUUUUGUCUCCGGCAUGGAUCCAUCCACCACCGAGCAGGAUAUUGAGACUCACUUCGGAGCUAUUGGCAUCAUUAAGAAGGACAAGCGUACGAUGAAGCCCAAGAUUUGGCUGUACAAGAACAAGGAAACGGGCGCCUCGAAGGGCGAGGCCACAGUCACCUACGACGACACCAAUGCGGCCCAGUCGGCCAUCGAAUGGUUCGACGGGCGGGACUUCAACGGGAAUGCGAUCAAGGUGUCGCUGGCCCAGCGCCAGAAUAACUGGAACAAGGGCGGCGGCGGCGGUGGUCGCGGCGGAUUCGGGGGUCGACGAGGUGGUGGAGGUGGCGGCGGAGGUGGAGGCGGCGGCGGCGGUGGACGCUUCGAUCGAGGAGGAGGCGGCAACGGAGGAGGCGGCGGCGGCGGACGCUUCGAUCGCGGCGGUGGAGGCGGCGGAGGAGCCGGCGGCGGCGGUGGCAAUGUGCAGCCACGCGAUGGCGACUGGAAGUGCAAUAGCUGCAACAACACCAACUUUGCCUGGCGCAAUGAGUGCAAUCGCUGCAAGACGCCCAAAGGCGACGAUGAAGGCUCCAGCGGUGGCGGCGGUGGAGGCGGUGGCUACGGAGGCGGCGGCGGAGGCGGCUACGACCGUGGCGAUCGCGGAUCCGGCGGUGGUGGCUAUCAGAACCGUGAUCGCGGUGGCAACUCGCAAGGAGGCGGCGGCGGUGGCGGCUACUCGAGAUUUAAUGACAACGGCGGAGGCGGCGGCGGCGGAGGACGUGGUGGUGGCCGCGGAGGCGGCGGUGGCAACCGUCGCGAUGGCGGCGGACCCAUGAGGAACGACGGAGGCAUGCGCUCCAGACCAUACUAGGCGCAUAGGCGGCGGUGGCACCUAUUUUUUCACAUUUACGUAUUAAUUGUAGCGAGUACUCUUUUAAAUGUACUUUUAAAUUUACCAGUCAGAGCUAAUUAUAAAUACCAGCAGCAAAAAGCACACACAUCUUCAUUUUAACCGACUUCACGGACACGGUUACCGCUCGUUUUGACUGACUUAUAUUAUAUUAUGUAAUCUAAUUUAACAAUUGUAAUUGUAACAUGGUACAUACGAAUAAAAUAUAUAUAUAUAUAUAGCUCAUAUAUAUAUAUGUAUAUAAAUUAAAUCUGAA